AUGGUGAGUGCAUCCUGGGACGGACUAAAUUAUUCCCACCGUCAGCUACAGUCCAAGGAACCCAAUGUGGCUACAAGCACAUCUCUCAUAAUGCAGGCCUCAUUCUGUGUUUUGCCAUCUCGUGAAUUGCUUGUGGUAACCUCCCAGAAAGGCAUUCAGAUGUAUGAGUCAGACGGGUCAAUAAUGGUUUACUGGCAUGCUCUUGACUUGCCUGAAACACCCACCACCCAAGCAGUGUUUGCUAGAGGAAUAUCAGCAGUAUGGGAUAAUUACAUAUGUGUCGGUGUGUCAUCAGGAUCUAUCUUAGUAUUUGACAUUCCAAGUAAAGGCAGUAACAUCACAUUAUCAGAGGUCCUGGAAGAGCAUAAGGAUUCCAUCACUGACAUGGCUUCAGAGUGCUCUGGUAGCCAGGAGUGCAUAGCCGACAUGGUCAGCGCUGAUGACGUGGGCAGUAUGUGUGUAUGGAAAGCUGGCGAGGAGUUUCACUUACUAAACAAGAUAUCUGGUUUUGAUAUGACCUGCUCAUCAGUCAAGUUGUGGAAGGGCACAGUCGCUGCUGGUUAUGGCACAGGCCAAAUCCGUUUAUAUGAGGCUGUGACUGGAAUUUUACAUGUGGAAAUCAAUGCUCAUGCUCGCUGGAUUAACUCACUGGACAUUGCUCCGUUUUCUGGUUUACUUUUGUCUGCUGCUGAAGAUUCUCUGGUGCGAGUGUGGCACAUGUCUCUAACUCCUGAAACCAACAGUGUCGAGGUGGCUCAUUUGCAUAAUGAGUGUGUGACAGACACACAGAUCUGUGGUGCCCGCUUCUGUGAUGACGAUGGUUUCGCAUUUGCCGUGACAGGCUACGAUCUGAGUGAGAUUAUUCGCUACACACAAACAUAA